GGUCUCUCUUGAAAAGGAAGUGUCAAAAUAUUGAUAAGACUGCGAAUUCCCCGGUUGAUAUCAUCCAUACUAAACAAAUAAAAUAAUCCUGAAGGCGAAGGACGUUUGUGUGCACUACCACAAAAUACUCGGUCACCGAGAGACGGAGGGGGCACCGACACCCAAGCAGACGACAAAAUGGCAGGAAAUCGCUGCAGCAAAGAGAGGGUGGGGAUCACGCUUCUUGUGAUUGUUGUCCUCGCCUGUAUCAUCACUCCGAUCGUCUAUCUAGUUCAACAGCCGGACAAACGACAGGACGGUCCCAAAACCCUCCCUACACCGGCACCUAUACCGGCCAUACCGGCCGAGCUUCACCAACGAAUAGACUGUCUACCCGAGGCGCGGGGAAAAUUUAUGAAACUUACGAAAGAAGAAUGCGAGCGACGGAACUGCGUCUUCGUACAGGAACAGUCGAACCAGAGUUGUGUUUACCCGGAUAAUUCGGAAUACGGAUAUUCCGUUGUACAAGAAACGAUAACCGUUUCUGCAACCCGGUACUAUCUACGGAAAAGAGGGAAGAGCCCUUUUACAAGUCCAGAUUUCAAAGAGCCCGUGGUCGUAGUAGAAGAAAGGGGAGAUAAUCUUGUCAGAAUAAAGUUUGAAGACAACAAAUCCCAGCGCUACAACGUUCCCCUGCCGAUCAACACACCCCCAAAGAAAGCCAGCGAUCCGAAAUAUGAAUUCAAAAUCGUGGACAAAGACACAUUUGCUUUCAAAUUAAUCAGAAAGUCCACAGGCACUGUAUUAUUGGACACGUCUGUUGGCGGGCUUUCUCUAACUGACCAGUUUCUCCAGUUCUCAACCCGCCUACCCAGCUCAAAUGUGUUCGGAUUCGGAGAAAAUGUCCACCAGUCCUUCAAACACAAUAUGAAUUACCAACAGUGGCCUAUGUUCUCACGCGAUCAAGCCACUGGUGGAAUUCACCAUUUCAACCUGUAUGGCGUCCAUCCAUUUUACACCUGUGUAGAGGAAGAUGGCAAUACGCAUGGAGUCCUUCUGCUAAACAGCAAUGCGCAAGAUUACGCGUUCACGCCACUCCCGAUGCUGACCUACAGAACUAUAGGCGGAGUUCUAGAUUUCUACGUCUUUCUGGGACCCACGCCUGAAAAUGUCAUUCAACAAUACACACAGGCGGUGGGGCGCCCAUUUCUCCCUCCCUACUGGUCCCUGGGCUUCCAGCUCUGUCGUUACGGCUAUAAUAGCUUACAGAAUAUGAAGAGAGCAGUGGAGAGAACAAGGAACGCUAGUAUACCGUUGGAUGUUCAAUAUGCCGAUAUAGACCACAUGGAUGAACGCAAAGACUUCACCAUUGACCCGGUGAACUUCAAUGGACUUAAGGAGUACUUUGACGAACUUCGAAGCCAAGGAAUGCGAACCAUUAUCAUAUUGGAUCCUGCAUUACUGCGCUCAGACCCAACCUACGAGCCCUACAAAAAGCUGAGUGACGUGAAGGGGGCCGUGAUGUGGGGAACCGAGACAGGAGGCGAGCGGUACAAGGAUCCAACGGGGGCCUUACUGGGCUAUGUAUGGCCCAACGGACAAGUCGUGUUCCCGGACUUUUUUAAGACGGCGACCAAGGACUUGUGGAAACAGCUGAUCAGGGAUCAUAGGGAGCAGCGACUGGUCAUGGACGGUCUUUGGAUCGAUAUGAACGAGCCGGCUAAUUUUGGAACCAAUGAAGAGAAGCCCUGGAAUUACCCCCCUAACGAACCUACCUGGAGUCUUCAUUGUCCGGAUUCCCCGCUGGAGGAUCCUCCUUACAGAACCAUGGCAGCUUUUGUGCACGAUGAAACGAACAAGAAGAAGCGUCUGUCGGAGAAGACCAUUUGUAUGACGUCACGGCAUGGCGACAAGAACGAUCUACAGCAUUACAAUGUCCACAGUCUGUAUGGAUGGAGCCAGACCCAGCCCACUCUGGAGGCUAUCCGCGAAGCGUCUAAAGAACGCGGCGUGGUGAUCACGAGGUCAACGUUUCCAGGAAGCGGGAAAUACGGAGGUCACUGGCUGGGUGACAAUGACAGCUCCUGGCUGUCCAUGAGGAACUCUAUCAUAGGAAUGUUGGAAUUUAAUCUUUUUGGAAUACCAUAUAUUGGUGCAGACAUUUGCGGCUUUAACCGCGACACCACAGAGGAGUUGUGUCUCAGGUGGAUGCAGCUUGGAGCAUUUUAUCCGUACGCCCGAAACCACAACGGAAUAGGAAACAUUGAGCAAGAUCCAGCAGCCCUUGGUGAGCGCGUGAGCAGAGCGUCACGUGAGGCACUGGAAACGCGUUAUCAACUCUUGCCGUAUUUGUACACGUUGUUCUAUUAUGCUCACGUGCACGGGAACACAGUGGUUCGACCUCUUCAUCAUGAAUUCACAAACGAUAAAUACACAAUGGAGAUAUCUGAACAAUUUCUCUGGGGUAGCUCACUACUCAUCUCCCCUGUUUUAUAUGAGGGUGCCCAAAGCAUCACUUAUUACUUGCCCGCAGGAAUAUGGUACAAUUAUUACAACGGAAGUUCAAUGCAGAGCACUGGUAAAAAAUACACAGAGAAUGUAAACCUAGAGGCUAAGAUCCCACUGUCCAUCAGGGGCGGAUCUAUCAUCCCUCAACAGACGCCUUCAACAACAACAGCGAAAAGUCGAAAGAAUCCAUUGUCCUUGAUAAUGGCACUGGACAGCGAUGGAAGCGCAGAAGGAAGUUUAUUUUGGGAUGAUGGAGUUUCUAUAGAGACCAUUGAGAGAAGUGAAUAUUUGCUUGUGUCCAUGAAAGUUAGACAGUCAACAUUCACUUACAACAUUGAAGGAGGAAACCCGUCAUCAAUCAAAGAAGGUGUUGUUAUUGAUAAAAUGGAAAUCUGGGGAAUCCAAGAAAACGUCAGCCUGGUUUUAAAGGACAACAGUGAACAAAUAUCCAGCUUCAAACAAGAGGGAAAUAAACUGAUCAUAGACAAUUUGUCCCACUCCUUGUCAGAAGAAUUUGAAAUGAAAUGGAUGAGUGGAAAAUUCGACGAUCUCCAAAGAAUUGACUGUUUUCCGGAACGGUUGGGAAAAUACGAAAAAUUAACCAAAGAGAAAUGUCAGAGCAGGGGUUGUGUGUACGACCCCACCCCGUCUGAGGCCCCAGAUUGUUACUUUCCUAUGACAGGGUACGGAUACAGUGUGUCAGGACGUGUGAAUAACAAGGAUAAUGGCUGGAUAGUACCUUUGAAGUUGAGGGGAAAGACCCCGUUCGGAGCCCCAAUCAUGGAUCUUCACUUCGAGAUCGAAAGCUAUGGAGAUGAUAUUUUCCGUUUUAAGAUUGACGUGCCAUCAAAGAACAGAUACACUGUUCCAUUAAACAUGGGGAUUACUCCACACAAACCUAGUUCAGAACCGAGAUACGAACUGAAGAUCACCAAUAAUGAAACAUUCUCUUUCCAAAUUAUAAGAAGAAGCUCUAAGGCUGUGAUCUGGGAUACGAGUGUGGGAGGAUUGACAUUUGAAAACCAAUUUCUACAAAUCGCCACAAAACUACCCUCUAGGAAUGUGUAUGGAUUUGGCGAGAAUGUCCAUAGUAAAUUUCGUCACGACUUGAAUUGGAAGCAGUGGCCUAUGUUUGCUCGAGACGAGGGGACGGGACAAGAGAAUUUUAAAAACCAUUAUGGAGUCCAUCCGUUCUACAUGUGUAUGGAAGAAGAUGGCCAGGCCCAUGGUAUUUUGCUGUUGAACAGUAAUGCACAAGAUUACGCUUUCACUCCCCUCCCUAUGUUAAUCUACAGAACUAUCGGGGGCAUACUCGAUUUCUAUGUCUUCAUGGGACCAGAACCUGAAAACGUGGUCCAACAAUAUCAUAAGGCUAUAGGAAGACCUUACUUACCGCCAUACUGGUCGUUGGGUUUCCAACUGUGUCGCUAUGGUUACAACAGUAUAGAAAAGAUGCAAGAAGCAGUAAACAGAACGAGGAAGGCAAACAUACCGCACGAUGUGCAGUAUGCAGACAUUGACCACAUGUAUAAACAGAUGGACUUCACCAUCGAUCACGAUAGAUUCCCUGGUUUGAAUGCCUACUUUCAAGGACUUCAGCAAAAAGGAAUGAAAACGAUUAUCAUUUUGGAUCCAACUUUAAUAAGCAACGUGUCUGGCUAUGAACCUUACGAAAGAAUAAAGGCAGUCCGAGGAAGCAUAAUGUGGCCUCAGAAUUACAGCAUUCCCCAUGACAGCAGUGAUAAUGGCGCAGUUCUAGGAUAUGUAUGGCCAGAAGGAAAGGUAAUUUUCCCUGAUUUCUUCAAGAACGCCACAGAACGGGUGUGGGAGGAGCUCAUCAGGUCCCAUCACAGCAACAUAAGUUUUGACGGACUUUGGAUUGACAUGAACGAACCAGCAAACUUUGGAACAAACGAAGAAAAACCAUGGAACUGGCCUCAAGGAGCUAAACCGUAUUGGAGUUUGAAAUGCAACGAAGGCGAGGCUCUGGAGGACCCGCCGUAUCGGACGAUGGCGGCUUUUGUAUACGACAGAGAAGACAGGAAGAUACGAAUAUCGGACAAAACGAUAUGUAUGGUAGCAAAGCAAGGAAAUAACGGAGAGUACAACCACUAUGAUGUACACAGUUUAUAUGGGUGGAGCCAAUCUCCUUCGACUCUGAAUGGUCUCAGACAAGCUACGAACAAAAGAGGCAUCAUGAUAUCCCGUUCGACGUUUCCCGGAAGUGGAAAGUACGCAGGGCACUGGUUAGGUGAUAACUCGGCUGUGUGGCCAGAUAUUCAUCUCUCCAUUAUUGGUAGUUUGGAGUUCAACCUUUUCGGUAUACCUUAUAUUGGAGCCGAUAUUUGUGGCUUUUUUGGAAACUCUUCUGCACAACUUUGCAAGAGAUGGAUGCAGUUAGGAGCGUUUUACACUUUCAGCAGAAAUCAUAAUGGAAUAAAUUACGAGCCUCAAGAUCCGGCUUAUUUUGGAGAAGACGUUGCAGAAGCAUCACGCAUUGCAUUGGAAACCCGCUACUCUUUACUCCCGUACUUGUAUACCUUGUUUUUCAGAUCUCAUAGUAUUGGUGGGACAGUGAUGAGGCCUCUCCAUCACGAAUUCCCUAGAGAUAAACUUACUUACGAUAUAGACUCGCAGUUUCUAUGGGGUCCAGCACUCUUGAUUUCACCAAUCCUGUAUGAAGAUCAAUCAACCUUAUCGUUCUAUCUGCCAAACGGUGACUGGUACGAUUUUUACACUGGCAAACACUACAUUGGAGGACAAAAGCUCAUCCAGGAAGUGGACGGAGAUUCUAAAAUUGGCCUGCAUGUUAGAGGUGGAUUUAUCUUGCCACAACAGACCUCGGCUCUCACCACUACUGAGAGUAGGACCAAACCGUUCACACUUUUGGUGGCCUUGAAUUACGAUGGGCGACGACGAACGGCCAGCGGUGAUUUAUACUGGGACGACGGAGACAGUAUUGAUCCGUCCGAUUAUUUCUAUUCCAAGUUUCAAUACAGCAAUGAUAUCCUCAGUAUGAGCAUUCAGAAGAAGUAUGACCAAUUGGUCCAGAACUUGGCAAUAGACACUGUGGUUGUUCUGGGGUUGCCAGAUAGUUUUAGAUAUGCUUACAUUCAAGGAAAUAAUUCGGAGUUAACCAUUGAAGGGGGUUCUAUGAGAAUGAUAAAGAAUUUGCGAAUUUCUCUGCAAAAAGACUUUGCCCUGGAGUUCAGGAAGGAAAUGAAACCGACAGAAGACGAAGCUUCUAGAAUUGACUGCUUGCCAGAUAUUACUGGAGAUGAAAAUCAAAACAUGAUGCUGUGCAGAAACAGAGGUUGCAUAUGGAAUAGGAUCGAAAAUAAGAAUUCCGUGCCCGCAUGUUUUAUAAAUGACACAAAUCAUGGCUAUACAUUCCUAAACGAAUCAUCAGGAUCUCAUAGUAAAACAAUUCAUCUUCAAUGGAAGAAUAAAUCGUCCGUCUUCGGAGGUGAUUUACGUAAGAUACGACUAAGCAUUCAGGAAUUGUCGGAAAAUAUUGUCCGUUUGAAAUUUGACGACCCUUCACAGAACAGGUAUGAAGUUCCGGUUCCUAUAAACAGAAACAUCAAGUCGCACACCCCGGCGAGUCAGAAAUAUGUAAUAGAGUACUCAAAUAGUAGCAGUUCCACUUUUUAUAUUAAAGUAAUAAGAAAAGAUACCAAGAAAACAAUUUUCGACACUUCGAUUGGAGGUUUCACCUUUGCCGACCAGUUUCUUCAAUUAUCCACAAUUCUCCCUUCAUCAUACGUAUACGGCAUUGGCGAAAACCGUCACUUUACGUUUCAACACAACUUAAAUUUCAAACGGUGGCCCAUGUUUUCUCGUGACAAUGGCGUCAACUGGGGGGAUUACGCCAACCUGUAUGGCGUUCAUCCAUUUUACAUGUGUGUGGAAGAUGAUGAUGGGAACUCGAAUGGCGUACUGUUGCUGAAUAGUAACGCUAUGGAGGUGGUGUUCAGUCCUCGGCCGUCUCUUACAUAUAGAACCGUUGGAGGCAUUCUCGAUUUUUAUGUCUUCAUGGGAUCAAGUCCAGAAAAUGUAAUUCAGGAGUACACAGGGGUAAUUGGACGACCGUACCUGCCGCCAUAUUGGGCGUUGGGCUUCCAGUUAAGUCGAUACGGAUACAACACUUUAGACAACCUAAAGUCGGCAACAAAGAGAAUGGUUGACAACGACAUUCCACUAGAUGUACAAUAUGCGGACAUAGAUCAUAUGGAUGAACGGAAGGACUUCACCAUUGAUGAAGUUAAUUUUAAAAAUUUAUCAGGAUAUGUUAAAGAACUUCAACAACAAAAUAUGCAUUUCAUUAUCAUUCUUGAUCCCGCUCUGAUUAGCAAUGAAACAAAUUACUAUCCUUAUGAUAUUGGAAAAGGAAGAAUGUUCAUUAAAUGGCCUAUUUUAAAUAAUGAUACCCGAAGCGGCCAGGACAUGCUUGGAUAUGUUUGGCCAAAGGGAAAAGUUGUUUUCCCAGAUUUCCUAAAAAAUGAAACACGUGAAUAUUGGAAAGAUUUGAUUGUCAGACAUCAUACAAAUUUGUCAUUUGAUGGAUUAUGGAUUGAUAUGAACGAACCAGCAAACUUUGGAACAAACGAAGAACGACCAUUUAAUUGGCCAGAGAAGGACAAGCCUUAUUGGUCUCUGAAGUGUCCAACCUCUGAACUGGACGAUCCUCCAUACAAACCAAGAGGCGUGUUCGGGCCUCGUUUGUCAGACAAAACACUAUGUAUGGUAGCGCUACAAAACGAUGGCGCCUACCAACACUAUGAUGUCCAUAGUUUGUAUGGUUGGAGCGAAACGGAGCCAACACUGUAUGGACUGAGGAAGGCUACAGGAGGAAACAAAAGAGGUAUUGUCAUAACCCGGUCUACCUAUCCAUCAAGUGGGAAAUACGCUGGUCACUGGCUAGGUGAUAACGACAGUAAAUGGCCUGAUGUGCACGACUCCAUCAUUGGACUCCUGGAAUUCAACCUCUUUGGUAUUCCGUACAUCGGAGCCGACAUCUGCGGAUUUUUUGGACAUCCUUCUGCAGAACUCUGUGAAAGAUGGAUGCAACUUGGGGCGUUUUACACAUUUUCUAGAAAUCACAAUACGAUUAACACGAAAGAUCAGGAUCCUGCGAUUUUUGGUCCAGCAAAUGCUGACUCUGCCAGGCGAGCUUUGAACUUGCGGUAUUCGCUCUUGCCUUACCUAUACACUUUGUUUUACGAGGUUAACUCUAAUGGCGGUACGGUGAUCCGAUCCAUGAUGCAAAAUUUCCCAAAAGACAUCAAGUUGCGCAACAUCGAUACUCAAUUCAUGUGGGGACCGGCCAUUAUGAUCGCUCCCGUUCUCAGCGCAGGGAAAAUUGAGGUGGAUGUAUAUUUUCCGGGGGGUAGGUGGUUUGACUUCACAUCCGGUGAACUUAUCAGUGAGGGGGAUAAGAAGAUAGUGACCGUGUCUGCUCCACGAGACAAAAUUCCUGUCUUUGUUCGAGAAGGUUACAUCAUUCCAACCCAGUUAUAUGGUGCUAACACCGAAGUCGCAAGAAAGAAUCCUAUGGAUAUAAUUAUCAUUCCGGACGAAAACGGAAAAGCAGAAGGUAAACUAUUCCUGGACGAUGGAGAUACUAUUGAUACCGUGGAAAAUGGGAAGUUCUAUUUGUCGUCAUUUAAAUUCAAUGGCACAUAUUUUUCAAUGACUAUUACCAUCCACAAUGAAACUAUGGUUGACAGCAUUCGUGUGGGAAGUAUGACUAUAUUUGGCAUGAAGAGAGAAAUAACUAGCGUUACAGUUAACAAUGCCAGUAAAUCCUUCGAGAAAUUAAAACCACAUAAUAAAUUGUAUAUUAAAGACUUGGGCGUCACACUGCAAAAUAACAUUGAAGUAGUUUUAAAAUGAUAAAUAAAGAAGCAUUAGUUCAUUUAUAGAUAUACACAUGUAUAUAGUUACUAGUAUAUAAAGUAGUAUUGAUAGAUAUAGCUGCAGCUAUUGCACGCAUGUGUAAGACUAGUACAUAUUUAGCGUAGGAAAUGCAUAUAUUGUUAAUUCUGUUGAUAUCGGUUUCAAUGCUGUUUUAUUACUGCUUAAAUGGGUAAAUUUUUAAUAAAAUAAAUUCAAUAUAAUUUUA